AUGGUGGAGACGACUCUCAACGGCAUUUCCUUCGACGUCCCUUCCUCCUGGAUGAAAGAUAUCCCCCGCGACGGCCUCGUCACCCUCUACUACUGUCGCAUCCCUGAGACAGUCGCGCUGAUACUGGAGCAAGUGUCCUCCUCCUCCCCCUCCGCCCUUCCUCCCAACUUCUUCCAACCUGUCGGCGUCGAGUGGGUGAAAGAGAUGAAGAUGCGGCAGAUCAAGAAGAAGAUGAUCGGCGCACUGGGAGACUUUCCCUCCUCCAUCUUCCGCAACAUGGACAGGGACAGCAGAGGCUUCCUGACGCGGGUCGAGCUCGCGGCAGGGCUGAGGGAGGUAGGGGUAUGGCUCCAUCCCAACGAGACAACUGAGCUGGUGGAGCGACUGGACACCAACGGGGACAACAAGAUCGACGAGGAGGAGUUCGUUCGUUUCUGGAAGUCGAUAGAGUAUGAGAUCAUCUAG